AGAGAGAGAGAGAGAAUAGGCAGUGGAAACACGGCAUAGUGACACAAGGGCGAAAGUGGAGAGCGAGACAGUUUUCCGUAAAAGGCGUUAGCUCAGCUAGUGUAAUGUAGUGAACAUUAUUCCGCUAGAGAACGACGGGGCGGCCCCUGUUUUAGAAACUCCUUUUCCUCCAAUUCGGGGCUAACGCGAUAGCCUACUAGACUAGAACAGAGUUUUAGAUUACUACAUUGAUUGCCUACGGUCCUGUCUGGAGCGGAGCUUUAGCGCUCUAACUAAUAGACAACACUAGAAUAGAUCAGAGGAAACCAGGACAGCUCGAGCGCCAAGAUGCCCCUGGCACAAUUGCCAGAUCCCUGGCAGAAGAUGGCACUGGGGCGGGCGGCAAGCGAGGAUGCCCAUCGGCAUGUUCUGGAGGAUUCUAUUGGAGAGGAUGAUUCUAUGUCCUGUAACGAGGACGAGACUGUCAAUGAGAUCAACAUUACCAACCAUACCAAGGAGGGGUCAGAGAAGGGUGACCCUCGACAGUUCGAGCUCCGCAAGGUCCUAGGACAAGGCUCCUUCGGAAAGGUGUUCCUGGUCAAGAAGACUACAGGUCCAGAUACAGGACAGCUCUACGCCAUGAAGGUUCUGAAGAAAGCCACACUGAAAGUGCGUGACAGGGUGAGGACUAAGAUGGAGAGAGACAUUUUGGUGGAGGUCAACCAUCCCUUCAUCGUUAAACUGCACUAUGCGUUCCAAACAGAAGGGAAACUCUACCUCAUCCUGGACUUCCUACGAGGAGGAGACCUCUUCACACGACUGUCUAAAGAGGUGAUGUUCACAGAGGAGGAUGUGAAGUUCUACCUGGCAGAGUUGGCCCUGGCGCUGGACCACCUUCACAGCCUGGGCAUCAUCUACAGAGACCUCAAACCAGAGAACAUUCUGCUAGACGAGGAGGGACACAUCAAGCUGACAGACUUCGGCCUCAGUAAGGAGUCUAUAGACCAUGAGAACAAGGCCUAUUCGUUCUGUGGGACGGUGGAGUACAUGGCUCCGGAGGUGGUCAACAGGAGAGGCCACACCACCAGUGCUGAUUGGUGGUCCUACGGCGUGCUCAUGUUUGAGAUGCUGACCGGAACGCUACCAUUCCAGGGGAAAGACCGCAAGGAGACCAUGAACAUGAUCCUCAAGGCUAAGUUGGGGAUGCCACAGUUUCUGAGUCCAGAAGCCCAGAGUCUCCUGAGGAACCUUUUCAAACGCAACCCUACUAACAGGCUAGGAGCCGGCCCAGACGGAGUGGAAGAGAUCAAGAGACACCACUUCUACUGCACCGUAGACUGGAACAAACUGUUCCGUAGAGAGCUCCACCCUCCCUUCAAACCUGCUACGGGACGUCCUGACGACACCUUCUAUUUCGACCCAGAGUUCACUGCUAAAACACCCAAAGAUUCCCCAGGGGUUCCACCCAGUGCCAACGCCCACCAGCUGUUCCGAGGAUUCAGUUUCGUAGCCAUAACAACAGAAGAAGAGGCACAACCACUACAGGCUACAAUAGUAAAGCAGCUGCACAGAAAUGUGUCUCAGUUUUCUGAAGCAUAUGAAAUGAAGGAGGAUAUAGGACUGGGAUCAUACUCUGUCUGCAAACGCUGCAUACACAAGACCACUGGCAUGGAGUACGCAGUCAAGAUCAUCAGUAAGGCUAAGAGAGAUCCAACGGAGGAGGUGGAGAUUCUACUGAGAUACGGACAACAUCCCAACAUCAUCACACUGAAGGACGUGUUUGAUGAUGGCAGGACAGUGUAUCUUGUCACAGAGCUGAUGAAGGGAGGAGAGCUGCUGGAUAAGAUACUGAGACAGAAGUUCUUCUCAGAGAGAGAAGCUAGUGCUGUCCUAUACACCAUCACCAAGACUGUUGAAUACCUACACGUACAGGGGGUGGUGCACAGGGACCUGAAGCCCAGUAAUAUCCUGUAUGUGGAUGAGAGUGGGAACGCUGAGUCCAUCAGGAUCUGUGACUUUGGUUUUGCCAAGCAGCUGAGAGCUGAGAAUGGCCUGCUGAUGACGCCGUGCUACACAGCUAACUUUGUAGCUCCAGAGGUGUUGAAGAAGCAGGGUUAUGAUGCUGCCUGUGACAUCUGGAGUCUGGGAGUCCUACUCUACACCAUGCUGACAGGGUUCACUCCAUUUGCCAAUGGUCUAGAGGACACUCCAGAGGAGAUCCUGGCCCGGAUCGGCAGCGGGAAGUUCUCUCUGACCGGAGGGUACUGGAAUUCUGUCUCAGCCGAGGCCAAGGAGCUGGUGUCUAAGAUGUUACACGUGGACCCCCACCAGCGUUUGACGGCUGGCCAGGUAUUGCGUCAUCCCUGGGUCACACAACGCGACCAGCUGCCCAAAUUCACACUCACCAGACAGGAUGCUCCACACCUGGUCAAGGGCGCCAUGGCAGCAACCUACUCUGCCCUCAACAGGAACGUUCCACCUGUCCUGGACCCUGUGGGAUGUUCCACUCUGGCCCAACGGAGAGGGGUGAAGAAACUCACAUCCACUGCCCUCUGACCUUUAACCUUUCACCUCGGACUUAUAACCUUGCUGGAGGUCUGUUCAGACAGACGGGCAGACCUGGUCCCUCAGGUGACCUGGACAGAACUCUGAUGCACCUGGGACCCCUCUGACCCUUCUCUGUUAGGAACUAACCCAGUGGUUUCCCCCCUGGUGCCAGAGAUAGAGUAUGCAGGCUUUAGAACCAGUUAGGGCUAGAACUACAGCCUGUAGCUCUGUUGGACCAGGGCUGGUGGUGACCACUAACAUUGUAUCGUCUCUCCAGUCUUUGCUUUGUACAAUCAGCGUUGCCUCUAGAUACUCAAGAGACACGUGUCAGGAACAUGAAUGUGCUGUAUAUAGAUGUAUGUGUGUAUGUACUUCUGGGAACAUUUGAGAGAUACCUGCAUAUGCAUUUAAGACCCAAUUUAUGAUGAACUGUAUAACUGUAGCUCUGUGUGUAAACCUUAAGUAGCCUCUUUAGUGACCGAGUCAUUACAGGGACAAACUAGUGAUGUCAUCAGAGUGAGAGCAAAUGGGACCACUGAUGAUGCCCCCUAUAUUGAGACAAGCUCCUCCCAGUCAGCCACAACAUCCAAUCAGAGUGACGGGAUUGAGGUCCAAUCAUGGCUUUGGUUAGGCCAGUCUGGGUACCGCCUACCCUGUCCACACCAACUCAGCUCUACAGACACUAAGGUAAACAUUAUCCUGGACCAGUGUUAAGCGGUGGUUAGCUGGGCAACGAGUCUGUGGCUUGCCCAGUGUGCAUGUUGCUGCCUUAUACAGUGCCCUCUGUAAUUAUUAUUUUGUCUUCUAUUGGCUCUAUACUCAAUAAGUUUGGAUUUAAAAUCAAAGAAUGACUGAGGUGAAAGUGAAGACUGUCCGCUUUCAUUCGAGAGUAUUUUCAUCCUUAUCCAGGUGAACCGUUUAGAAAUUAUAGCCCUUUUGUAUUGAGACAAAUUCACUUGUGUGUAUUUUUUAAGCAGUCAAAAGUGAAGUAUUUGGUCCCAUAUUCAUAGCACGCCUACAUCAAGCUUGUGACUCUACAAAUUUGUUUGAUGCAUUUGCUGUUUGUUUUGGUUGUGUUUCAGAUUAUUUUGUGCCCAAUAGAAAAUAAUGUUAAAGAAUGUAUUGGGUCAUUUUGGAGGGACUUUGAUUGUAAAUAAUAAUAGAAUGUUUCUGAACACUUCUACAUUAAUGUGGAUGCUACCAAUAUUACAGAUAAUCAUGAAUAUAUCGUGAGUAAUGAUGAGUGAGAAAGUCACAGAUGCAAAAAUAUCAUACCCACAAGACAUGCUAACCUCUCACCAUUACAAUAGCAGGGGAGGUUAGCAUGCAUAAAAAUGCUAACCUCCCCUGUUAUUGUAAUGGUGAGAGGUUAGCAUGUUAUAUUCUUAUUUACAAUAAAAGUCCCUCCAAAAUGACCCAAUACAUUCUUUAGCAUUAAUGUAUAUUGGGCACAAAAUAAUCUGAAACAAAACCAAGACAAACAACAAAUGUGUAGAGUCACAACCUUGAUGUAGGCAUUGCGUGCUAGGAAUAUGGGACCAAAUACUUAACUUCGACUACUUUAAUACACACAAGUGAAUUUGUCCCAAUACUAUAUACAAAAAGGGUACUAUAUACAAAAAGUACUGUCAGUUCUAAACGGUUCAACCGAUAGGGAUGAAAAUACCCUCUAAAUAAGGCAACAGUCUGCACUUUAACCUCAUGGUCAUGGUUUGAUUUCCCAAUAAUCCCGGAGGACACUGUAUUUCCUGGUUCCGAGGAGCAUUUGAAUGGAUGAAGCUGUGAAGAGACUGAGUCUGGCACUGAACUGAACUGUCAAUACUGUACUAGUACAGCACCUCAGGGUUCUGGGAGAUGAAAUACAAUGCAUUUUAGAAAUCCAUUAACUAAGUCAUGUAAGCACACAGGUGGGGGUGGGAGAAGCCCUUGGAUGUAGAAAUAUGUGGCUGGAACAGACAUGAUAUUUUCUGAUGAAUUUAACCUGCUGUCUGGAAUGAUGACAGUGUGGAGGUAAUCCAGUAUGUUACUGUCUGGAAUGAUAUGACAGUUGUGGAGGUAAUCCAGUAUGUUACUGUCUGGAAUGAUAUGACAGUUGUGGAGGUAAUCCAGUAUGUUACUGUCUGGAAUGAUAUGACAGUUGUGGAGGUAAUCCAGUAUGUUACUGUUUGGAAUGAUGACAGUGUGGAGGUAAUCCAGUAUGUUACUGUCUGGAAUGAUAUGACAGUUGUGGAGGUAAUCCAGUAUGUUACUGUCUGGAAUGAUAUGACAGUUGUGGAGGUAAUCCAGUAUGUUACUGUCUGGAAUGAUAUGACAGUUGUGGAGGUAAUCCAGUAUGUUACUGUCUGGAAUGAUAUGACAGUUGUGGAGGUAAUCCAGUAUGUUACUGUCUGGAAUGAUAUGACAGUUGUGGAGGUAAUCCAGUAUAUUACUGUCUGGAAUGAUAUGACAGUUGUGGAGGUAAUCCAGUAUGUUACUGUCUGGGCCUGCUGGCACAUGCUGACUUCUUGUCAAUCCCUUUAAAGCGCUGUCUGUCUAAUAGAAUGAAGAAAACUGUAGCUAUCAAUGACUUGUAGCGGUAUUAUUGAACUCAUGAUCUGAUUCUGGAUCAGUAGUGAACUUCUACCUAUUCAAUUUCUCUCCCGCUGCUCUUCUGGAUGUGUUGGAACACACACGGUCUUUGAGUUUCUGAUUGACUGUUAAGUGUUUAGCUGUAAGGUUGUGUGUUUGAGCAGUUUGUAUGUUGUUUUGAGAGUAGAUGAGAUGCAUUGCUUCUCUCUUUUGGGACGGUUUCCUGGACACAGAUUGCACCUGGUCCUGGACUUAAAAGCAAUUUCAAUGGAGAAUCGGUCCAAGACUAGGCACAAUCUAUGUCCGGGGAACCAGCCUUUUGUGUCCCAGUCUCUUUCCCCUGUCCCUGUGGAGAUACAGUGUCCUUCCAUCCAUCCUGCUGCGACCGUCUCCUCUCUCUGGUUUUGUAUCUCAGUGGAGUCACAGUAGGACUUUGUAUUGAACAUAAUAAACAGGCCUUCAGUACACGA